AUGGUGUUUGGUGCCGGAGAAGAUCCAUUUUCGAUUUGCAUAGAUGGAUGGUCCGGUUGGCCUCUUCAUCGGAUUCACUCGUAUAAGAAUGUGGAGCAGAGAAUUGAUGCCACUCCACCAACUACUGUAUGGCACAACCUUCAGAAGCGAAAGGAAAAUGAGGGUGAAGAAGAGGUUGGGUUUUCUAGUAAACUUAAUAUGAGGAUCUCUUCGGAUGGAGGGUACCAUCUAGGAAUUCUAAAUGUUGUGGGGAUCUCUCCAAUGAAGAAGAAAAAUCGCACUUAUGCCUAUUGUGUAGCUAAGUAUGGUCCCAAGUGGGUGAAGACGAGGACUAUUAUAGAUAGUCUUUCUCCAAAGUGGAAUGAGCAAUAUACUUGGGAAGUGUAUGACCCUUGCACUGUGAUCACAAUUGUUGUGUUUGAUAAUGGAAAAUUACACUCACUCUUAUCUGCUUAUAAACCUGCACACACAAGGAGCCAGGAAGAUGGGGGAAAUUCAAUUGGCUGUGAGUUGGAUAGUUUGAGGAACCAAGUUGCUGCAAUCACUACAUUGAGGUUCAAAAGGGCUGAAGCACCACUUAGUAAAGAGGUUGUGGAGUACAUGCUAGACGCGGGGGAAAAUGUGUGGAGCAUGAGGAGGGGGAGAGCUCAAUUUCACAGGAUUGCUGUUCUUCUAAAUGUUUUGGUCUUUGUUGCUAAACAUUUUGACGAGAAAAAAAUUACCACGGUGCUUAGCUACUUCAUGUUUCUCUAUGUUGUUUUCUGCCCAUGGAUAAUUUUGCCAUCAACGAUCUUAUUCCUCCUUUUGGUUGGGAUUUGGUGCUAUAGAACAUGGCCAAGAUAUCCUUCCCAUACGGAUAUCAAAUUGUCUCAUGUUGAUACAACCACUGUUGAGGAAUUAGAAGAAGAAUUUGAUAAUCCUUUUCCAUCUAGAUUUAGUGGUGAUAAUCUGAGAACAAGACUCACACUCCCCCACUCAUCUUUGUGGUGA